AACGCCUCCGCGAGUGACUCAAGCGGAGGAAAGAGGUGAACAAGAUUAGUAGGGAUUCACGGCAUCAACAACGCUGUAGUAUAUAAAGGAAUAUCAAAAUGGGUAACACCGAUUCUAAACUGAACUUCAGGAAAGCAGUGAUACAGCUGACAACCAAAACACAGCCAGUGGAGGCCACAGACGAUGCCUUCUGGGACCAGUUCUGGGCUGACACUGCCACCACUGUGCAGGAUGUGUUUGCCCUGGUGCCAGCCGCAGAGAUCCGAGCUGUUCGGGAGGAGUCCCCCUCCAAUCUGGCAACCCUCUGCUAUAAGGCCGUAGAGAAGCUGGUGCAGGCAGCAGAGUCAGGAUGCCCCUCGGAGAAGGAGAAACAGAUUGUUCUGAACUGUAGUCGUAUGCUGACCCGCAUCCUCCCCUACAUCUUUGAGGACCAAGACUGGAGGGGCUUCUUCUGGUCCACAGUGCCUGGUGCUGGAAGAGCUGUGACAGAUGAGAUGGAUGAUGAUGGAGCUCGUCCACUGGCUGAGUCUCUGCUCCUGGCCAUGGCCGACCUGCUCUUCUGUCCUGACUUCACUGUGAACAGCCACCGGAGAGGACCUGACUCUGUGGAGGACAUGCAGACCAUAGACAGCUGUGAGUAUAUCUGGGAGGCAGGGGUGGGGUUCGCCCAGUCCCCCCCACUCAACUACAUCCACGACCUCAACAGGACGGAGCUGCUGAGGCUGCUGCUAACCUGUUUCUCUGAGGCCAUGUACCUCCCUCCCUCCUCAGACAACACCAUCCUCAACCCUUGGGUCAGCUUCUUCUGCUCCACAGAAAACAGGCAUGCCCUGCCUCUCUUCACCUCCCUGGUAAACGUGGUGUGUGCCUACGACCCGGUGGGCUAUGGCAUCCCUUACAAUCACCUGCUCUUCUCCGACUACCGGGAGCAGCUGGUGGAGCAAGCCGUGCAGAUCCUCAUCGUCACCCUGGAGCACGAUGGAGGAGGGCUGGCCCACCGACCCCCCUCUCCCUCCAGCAUGGAGGACCAGGAUUCUGUGGGCCCUGACAACCUGUUUGUAAACUACCUUUCAAGAAUUCACAGGGAAGAGGACUAUGACUUUGUGUUGAAGGGACUGGCUCGCCUGUUGGUAAACCCACUGAUGCAGACCUACCUGCCCAACUCCACCAAGAAGAUCCAGUUCCACCAGGAGCUGCUGGUGCUCUUCUGGAAGCUCUGUGACUUCAAUAAGAAGUUCCUAUUCUUCGUUUUGAAGAGCAGUGAUGUUCUGGACAUCUUGGUACCCAUCCUCUUCUACCUUAAUGAUGCCCGGGCCGACCAGUCCCGUGUGGGUCUCAUGCACAUCGGUGUCUUCAUCCUGCUACUGCUGAGUGGAGAGAGGAACUUUGGUGUGCGUCUCAACAAGCCCUACUCUGUCCACGUACCUAUGGACAUCCCAGUGUUUACAGGGACCCACGCCGACCUACUCAUAGUAGUGUUCCACAAGAUCAUCACCAGCGGCCACCAGCGUCUACAGCCUCUUUUUGACUGCCUGCUCACCAUCGUAGUGAAUGUGUCUCCCUACCUGAAGAGUCUGUCAAUGGUUGCAGCCAACAAACUGCUCCACCUCUUGGAAGCCUUCUCCACCAACUGGUUCCUCUUCUCCGCCUCCCAGAACCACCAUCUUGUCUUCUUCCUGCUGGAGGCCUUCAACAACAUCAUCCAGUACCAGUUUGAUGGAAACUGUAACCUAGUCUACGCCAUUAUCCGCAAACGCAACUUGUUCCAUCAGUUGGCCAACCUGCCGUCCGACCCCGCCUCCAUCCAGAAGGCCUUGCUGAGGAAGAGAAAGUCACCGGAUGCCAUCACCGGCAUCUCCCGUACCAGCUCCCAGGAAACGGUGUCCAUGGAGGGUUCCCGUCCGGCCGUCCCCGCCGAGCCAGGAACGCUGAAGACCAGCCUGGUCGCUAUACCAGCCAUUGACAAACUGACCGAGAAGUCUCAGGUGUCAGAGGAUGGCACCAUGAUCUCUGUGCUGAAGAUGGAGCAUUCACACGCAUCACACCACACACCCCAAGCUGACCACACAACCCAGGCUGACCACACACCCCAGGCUGUCCACGGCGCCAUUGUAGGGGCCAGCGACACAGAGUCUGUUUCUGGAAGGGACAAUGAGGAUGUUUUCUACACUGAGGCAGAGAUGGAGAGAAGGCGCAUGUCAAGCACAUCAUCCACCAUCUCCUGUACCUCUCAGUCUCACUGGGCCCCUACACCAGACUGGGUCCUCUCCUGGAAGUGUAAGCUCCCCCUACAGACCAUAAUGCGUCUGCUGCAGGUGCUGGUCCCACAGGUUGAGAAGAUCUGUAUCGACAAAGGUUUGACAGACGAGUCUGAGAUCCUGAAGUUCCUCCAGCAUGGUACCCUGGUGGGCCUCCUGCCCGUCCCCCAUCCCAUCCUCAUCCGGAAGUACCAGGCCAACGCCGGCACGGCCAUGUGGUUCCGCACCUACAUGUGGGGAGUGGUCUACCUGCGCAACGUGGACCCGCCCAUCUGGUACGACACGGACGUACGUCUCUUUGAGAUCCAGAAGAUGUAGAUAACAGGAAAGAGAUGUUGACUGAACAUGGGACUACUUCCUGUCUUGUUCCUGCUCCUUCCUCCUACUGGCACUCUCUCCCUUGAACCUCACCUACCUUCAACUUGCCUCAUCAUCAUCAUGCUUGCCCCUCACACCUUCUCUUUGACUUUCCCCCGGUUGUGCAAACGUAAUGUGGACAAUAUUGAGAAAGGGGGGGAUAGCUAGCACCUACUCCAAAAGCAGGAGGUUGAGUUGUACAGGGUUCAAAUUACAGGGGGGCUAAGAGGGGCUGGGCACCCCUUUUACAAAUCAGGACCCCCCUUUUACAAAUCAGGACCCCAUAUCAGAAUUGAAAUAUCUAUGUGAAGCCAUACCAGAAGUGUCAAAGACAUAAACAAUGGGCACCCACAAGGGUCAAUGUGUAAUUCAAACCCCUAGACAUGGAUGAGGAUAGGACUAUUAUCUACACUGUGUAAGUACACCCUGAAACCUCAAGACUACAGAAUGUCUGUCAAAGCACUGAGACAUUAGUGUUAG